AUGACAGAUAGAGGGCGGCAGAUUGUGGCUCGAGCUAGAGUCGAGUCGCCGCACUUGGUAGCCUCUUCUCCUGUGGCUCCACGGGAGCCCUCACCUUCCCGAGUUCGGAGUUUUAUGCAGGGUCGCACUCGUCCGGUCCCAGUUCUACCGCGGGUGCAGCAGCCACUGACUCCGUCUUCUACUUCGCCUCAGACGGGUUCAGUGGUGCAGCCGCUGUCGGUGGAGACGUUGUCCGCUGCGUCGGCGCAGCAUGCACAGCCGACCGUGGGGUCUUGUUGCGCGCCGGGGUCGACAGGGGGGAGGCCGGCCUCGCCGCCCCACCAGGCCGUGACACCCAGGUCGGGGCGGCUUCCCUCGGGGCAGCAGGCCACGGCGGCUUUGGCCUCGACCCCCGCGUCGGGAUCCUCGCCACAGCCGGCCACGGCGUCCCCGCUUCAGACCGUUGGUGCGGCCGCGCCGUCGGUGCAGCAGGGCGUCGUGGUAUCUUCUUCGCCGAGGCAGCCAGCCUUGGAGGGCGACGAGCGGGAGGGCCGGAUGGUCACGCAGGCCGUGCCUUCUCCGUCUCUACCUGUUCCGAGUGGCGCAGCGGUGGAGGAGCAGCAGACUCCGGGGACCGAGCCGCCUAUGGCGGUUAAGUCUUCCGAGACAGCGGCUCCGACGGCUUCCGCGCCUACGACGGACAUGGUGGGGAUGAUACAGGGGGCUUCUUCACCCACUACCCCUGUGUCGUCGGCGUCUUCUUCACCGGCUGGUUCGCCGCCUCGCUCGCCCACUUCUUCGCCAGCCUCCUUGCGGCAGCCUUCACCCACGGUUCCUCCUCCGGUCGUUCAGCCGACGGUGAGGAGGAGUGGGAGGUUUGCUCUUUCGGAGGAUGGGGCGGGGGCGACGGAUGAGGACGUCAUGCAGCGAGCCAUGCGACGCAAGGCGGAGAUGAACCUUGACACGGCAGGUUCCAUUGAAGGUGCUCAGCCAGAGGUUACUGAAGGUGACAACUAG